AUGAAUAAAGGAUAUAUUAAGAUUGCUUUGGCACUUUUAAGCCUCGCAGGAUAUAUGCAAAAUGUAUCAUUUGCAACCGAACAUGUUGCAGAUGUUGCUAGCGAUGCCAACCCCAAUCGCCAAAAAACAAUAUUUGAGAAAUACAGAGACUUUGUAUGUCAUGACAUUUAUGAAAUUUCAGCAGCAAUAUAUCAUGCAAACGAUGCUUCAGCACUUUUACUAAAACUUUCUGAGACAGGUACAGACGAUUAUUCGACCUAUUCUCAAGAAAAUGAACACAAAACUAUAUAUUUUAAGAAGAUUGGAAAUAUGGAUAUUGGAAGAUUUCAUCUUACAAUCCCAUCUGCCUCUAAGUACUCUGACGUAAUAGAUAAAAUAUGGGAUUUCAAUCAUACACAAAAAUACGAUUACAAGUUUAUUAAGGGAGAUCUUGUUCGUAUAUACUCCAAAUAUUUAAUCAUCUUUGAAAAGCUUAACAUAGAUCCUAACUAUGCACCCCCCAUAAAAAAAUAUGUUUUAGCUGCAAAAGUUAAACAAUCAAAUGACACAACUGUAAUUCUUUGCCCUUCAAGAGUUCUAAAUUAUCUCGGUGAAUUCGAUGAUGAACCUAAUAUGAAAGAAAUAUUAAAAAAUACACAAUCAAUCGAAACUGACAUUGAUCCUGAGGAAGCAUUAAUCAAAUUGGGUACUAACAUAGCCGGAUUUGUAGUUAAAAAACGCGACGAUAACGUUCAAGUUAUUUAUAUCAACGCUAUUUAUGAUGGUGGCAAUUCUACCGAAUAUGCCGACGAUAAAAGAGAGAGAAAUCGCGCAUAUGUAAAUAUACUAAGGUUAGAACAACGCAUUUGA